AUGCAGAGGAGCGAGGGUCAUGGGCUGCCCCAUGCCACGCGGGUGAGGGAGGGCUCCAGUGGGCUGGUACUGGCGCUGGUGUCCAUGGCGUGUGUGAGCGGGGUGGUGGUGGUAGCGCUGACCAUUGCCUGUCUCCGACACCACGCCAAGCAGCUGGCCUCCGGGAAACUGGGCCUCGGACCCGAGGGAGGACCGGAGACACAUGUUGACUACCAGGAGCUCUGCAGGCAGCACAAGGCAGCCAAGACGUCGUUCAGUCGUCAGGAGGCGGUGGGUGUGGGAGCGGGGGGACGGAGGGGGACAGACACCUCCAGGGUGAGCAGUGUGUCGUCCCAGUUCAGUGACGGCCCUCAACACAGCACCUCCUCACACAGCAGUACGCCCUCCUGGAGCGAGGAGCCCGCCCAGUCAAACAUGGACAUCUCUACUGGUCACAUGAUACUGGCCUAUAUGGAGGAUCAUCUGGAGAAUAAAGACCGUCUGCUGAAGGAGUGGGAGGAUCUAUGUUCCUACCAGGCUGAACCAAGUGCUGUCACUGUAGCGCAGAGUGAAUCCCACCUGGAGAAGAACCGCUGCCCUGACUCACUGCCCUAUAAUCAUUCCCGUGUGAAAUUGAAGGCAGAGAGCAAAUCCACCAAGGAAGACUACAUUAACGCCAGCAUCAUAAUUGACCACGACCCUCGACUGCCUGCUUACAUCGCUACCCAGGGACCACUGGCACACACCAUCGCUGACUUCUGGCAGACGGUCUGGGAGAAUGGCUGCACAGUGAUAGUGAUGAUGACAGCCCUGGUUGAGGAUGGAGAGAUUCAGUGUGUUCGCUACUGGCCUGAUGAGGGAUCCUCCCUCUACCACAUCUACGAGGUGAAUUUGGUCUCUGAACACAUCUGGUGUAAAGACUUCCUGGUUCGUAGUUUCUACCUGAAGAACGUUCAGACCCAGGAGACUCGUACCUUGACACAGUUCCACCUGCUCAGCUGGCCCGCCAACGGAAUCCCUAACUCCACACGCCCUCUGCUGGACUUCCGCAGGAAGGUGAAUAAGUGCUACAGAGGUCGAUCCUGCCCCAUCAUCGUUCACUGCAGUGACGGCACGGGCAGAACUGGAACCUACAUCCUUAUUGACAUGGUCCUCAAUCGCAUGGCUAAGGGUGUGAAGGAGAUUGAUAUUGCUGCGACAUUGGAACACAUUCGGGAUCAGAGACCGAACUUAGUCCGCACCAAGGACCAGUUUGAGUUUUCCCUGACUGCCGUGGCAGAAGAGGUCAAUGCCAUCCUGAAGGCUCUGCCACAGUGA